AUGCGCGGGAGCCCGCCGAGGCCCCUGGCCGCGCUGGCCCCGCUGCUGGCGGCCGCGCUGCUGGCGGGCUGGGCUACGGCGGCCAUGGACGAGUGCGCGGACGAGGGCGGGCGGCCGCAGCGCUGCAUGCCCGAGUUCGUCAACGCCGCCUUCAACGUGACCGUGGUGGCCACCAACACGUGCGGCGCUCCGCCCGAGGAGUACUGCGUGCAGACCGGGGUGACGGGGGUCACCAAGUCCUGUCACCUGUGCGACGCCGGGCAGCCCCACCUGGCGCACGGGGCCGCCUACCUGACCGACUACAACAACCAGGCCGACACCACCUGGUGGCAGAGCCAGACCAUGCUGGCCGGGGUGCAGUAUCCCAGCACCAUCAACCUCACCCUGCACCUGGGAAAAGCCUUUGACAUCACAUAUGUGCGCCUGAAGUUUCAUACCAGUCGCCCUGAGAGCUUUGCUAUCUACAAACGGACUCAGGAAGAUGGGCCCUGGAUUCCAUACCAGUACUACAGUGGUUCCUGUGAGAAUACCUACUUGAAGCCCAACCGUGGUUUCAUCAGGACAGGAGGAGAUGAACAGCAAGCAUUGUGCACUGAUGAAUUCAGUGACAUUUCUCCUCUCACUGGAGGCAAUGUGGCCUUUUCAACACUGGAAGGAAGGCCCAGUGCCUACAACUUUGACAAUAGCCCUGUGUUGCAGGAAUGGGUAACUGCCACAGACAUUAGAGUAACUCUCAAUCGCCUAAAUACUUUUGGAGAUGAAGUAUUUAAUGACCCCAAAGUUUUGAAGUCUUAUUAUUAUGCAAUUUCUGAUUUUGCAGUGGGUGGCAGGUGUAAAUGCAAUGGACAUGCAAGUGAGUGUGUGAAGAAGGACUUUGAUAAGUUGGUAUGUAAUUGCAAACACAACACUUAUGGAGUAGAUUGUGAAAAGUGUCUUCCAUUCUUUAAUGACCGGCCAUGGAGGAGAGCAACUGCAGAGAGUGCCAGCGAAUGUUUGCCUUGUAACUGCAAUGGAAGAUCACAAGAAUGUUACUUUGACCCUGAACUGUAUCGUUCUACGGGCCAUGGUGGCCACUGUACCAACUGUCAGGAUAAUACUGAUGGUGCCAAUUGUGAAAGAUGUCGGGAGAAUUUCUAUCGCCUUGGAAAUGAGGAAGCAUGCCUGCCAUGCCAUUGUAGCCCUGUUGGCUCUCUCAGUACACAGUGUGAUAAUUAUGGACGAUGUAGCUGUAAGCCAGGUGUGAUGGGUGACAAAUGUGAUCAGUGCCAGCCUGGAUUCCACUCUCUUACUGAGGCAGGAUGCAGGCCAUGUUCUUGCAACCCUGCUGGAAGUACAGAUGAAUGUAAUGUUGAAACUGGGCGUUGUGUUUGUAAAGACAAUGUGGAAGGAUUCAGUUGUGAGAGGUGCAAACCUGGAUUUUUUCACUUGGAGUCAUCUAAUCCUCGAGGCUGUACCCCUUGCUUUUGUUUUGGGCAUUCUUCUGUCUGCACGAAUGCUGAAGGAUACAGUGUCCACUCUAUCACUUCCACUUUCCAGAUAGAUAAGGAAGGAUGGCGUGCUGAAGAGCGGGACGGCUCUGAGACAUCACUCCAGUGGUCUUCUGAGAGCCAGGAGAUCUCUGUGAUCUCAGAGAGCUACUUUCCCAUAUACUUCAUUGCUCCUGACAAGUUUUUAGGUAACCACCUGUUGAGUUAUGGUCAGAAUCUCACUUUCUCCUUUCGAGUGGAAAGGCGGGAUACACGACUCUCUGCAGAAGAUCUGGUCCUUGAAGGAGCUGGUCUUAGAGUAUCUGUUCCUUUAAUUGCUCAGGGCAACUCCUAUCCUAGUGAAACCACUGUGAAAUACAUUUUUAGACUUCACGAAGCAACAGAUUAUCCCUGGAGACCUACCCUUACUCCUUUUGAAUUUCAAAAACUAUUAAAUAAUUUAACUUCUAUCAAGAUUCGUGGGACAUACAGUGAGAGAAGUGCUGGAUAUUUGGAUGAUGUCACUUUGGCAAGUGCUCAGCGUGGACCUGGGGUCCCUGCAGUUUGGGUAGAGUCCUGUACCUGCCCUGUGGGAUAUGGAGGGCAGUUUUGUCAACUGUGUGUCUCAGGAUACAAAAGGGAAACACCUAGUCUUGGACCUUACAGUCCUUGUGUGCUUUGUACUUGCAAUGGACAUAGUGAGACCUGUGAUCCUGAGACAGGUGUUUGUAACUGCAGAGAUAACACGGCUGGUCCACACUGUGAAAAGUGUGUUGAUGGCUACUAUGGAGAUUCAACAGCUGGUACUUCCUCUGAUUGUCAACCUUGUCCAUGCCCAGGAGGCUCAAGUUGUGCCGUUGUUCCCAAGACAAAGGAGGUGGUAUGCACCAAUUGUCCCACUGGCACCACUGGUAAAAGAUGUGAACUUUGUGAUGAUGGCUACUUUGGAGAUCCACUUGGCGAAAAUGGCCCCACAAGACUUUGCCGACUUUGUCAAUGUAGUGACAACAUUGAUCCCAAUGCGGUUGGGAAUUGUAACAGAUUAACUGGAGAGUGCUUAAAAUGCAUCUAUAACACUGCUGGCUUUUAUUGUGACCGCUGCAGAGAUGGGUUUUUUGGGAAUCCCCUGGCCCCCAAUCCAGCAGACAAGUGUAAAGCUUGUAGUUGUAAUCCUUAUGGUACUGUGAAUCAACAGACUACUUGUAAUCAAGUAACUGGACAGUGUGAAUGCCUCCCUCACGUUACUGAGAGGGAUUGCAGUAUCUGUGAUCCUGGAUUCUAUAAUCUACAGAGUGGACAAGGAUGUGAGAGAUGUAACUGUCAUGCUCUCGGUUCCACCAAUGGCCAGUGUGACAUACGCACUGGACAAUGUGAAUGUCAGCCGGGCAUCACUGGCCAGCGCUGUGAGCAGUGCGAGCCCAACCACUUUGGCUUUGGACCUGAGGGCUGCAAACCAUGUGACUGUCACCCUGAGGGGUCACUUUCACUCCAGUGCAAAGAUGAUGGUCGUUGUGAAUGCAAGGAAGGUUUUGUGGGAAAUCGCUGUGACCAGUGUGAAGAAAAUUAUUUCUAUAAUCGGUCUUGGCCUGGCUGUCAAGAGUGUCCUGCAUGUUAUAGACUAGUGAAAGAUAAAGUUGCUGAGCAUCGAGUGAAGCUCCAGGAGUUAGAGAACAUUAUAGCAAACCUUGGAACUGGAGAUGAAACAGUUACAGAUCAAGCUUUUGAGGACAGACUGAAGGCAGCUGAGAGAGAUGUUAUGGACCUACUACGUGAGGCCCAGGACAUCAAAGAUAUAGACCAGAACCUGAUGGAUCGCCUCCAGAGGGUCAAUAAUACCCUGUCCAGUCAAAUCAGUCGCUUGCAGAAUAUCCGUAACACUGUGGAAGAAACCGGAAAUUUAGCUGAGCAAGCCCGCACUCGAGUUGAGAGCACAGAAAGACUUAUUGAAAUCGCUUCCAGAGAACUGGAGAAAGCAAAAGUGGCCAUUGCCAACGUGUCAAUUACCCAACCAGAUUCUAUUGGCGAUCCUAACAACAUGACUCUGUUGGCAGAAGAAGCUCGUAAACUUGCUGAACGACAUAAAAAAGAAGCUGAUGACAUUGUACGGGUAGCCAAGACAGCCAAUGAUACAUCAACUGAAGCCUAUAAUCUACUCCUAAGGACUUUGGCUGGAGAGAAUCAAACAGCAAAUGAAAUUGAAGAACUUAAUAAGAAAUAUGAACAAGCGAAAAACCUCUCACGAGAUCUAGAGAAACAGGCUACCCGAGUACAUGAAGAAGCAAAACGAGCUGGAGACAAAGCUGUUGAGAUUUAUGCUAGUGUUGCCCAGCUGACACCUGUGGAUUCUGUGGCUCUUGAGAAUGAGGCUAAUAAGAUAAAGAAGGAAGCAGAGGCCCUGGACCAAAUGAUGGACAAAAAGCUGAGCGACUACGAGGACCUCCGGGAGGACAUGAAAGGCAAGGAGCUUGAAGUGAAGGACCUCCUGGAAAAGGGAAAGGCGGAGCAGCAGACAGCUGACCAACUCCUGGCCCGCGCCGACGCGGCCAAGGCUCUGGCCGAGGAGGCUGCUAAGAAGGGGAAAAACACCUUGCAAGAAGCCAGUGACAUUCUCAGCAACUUGAAAGAUUUCGACAGACGAGUGAAUGACAACAAGACGGCAGCCGAGGAAGCCCUAAAGAAGAUCCCGGCCAUUAACCGCACGAUCGCCGAGGCCAGCGAGAAGACGCGGGAAGCGCAGCUGGCCCUGGGCAGCGCGGCCGCCGACGCGUCCGAGGCCAAAGCCAAGGCCCGCGAGGCGGAGCGGAUCGCGGGCGCCGUGCAGAAGAAUGCUACCAGUACCAAAGCAGAGGCAGAAAGAACUUUUGCAGAUGUUACAAAUUUGGAUAAAGAGGUGGAUGACAUGCUGAAACAGUUACAAGAAGCAGAAAAGGAACUAAAGAAAAAGCAAGAUGACGCUGAUCAGGAUAUGAUGAUGGCAGGAAUGGCUUCACAGGCUGCUCAAGAAGCAGAGAUUAAUGCAAGAAAGGCCAAGAACUCUGUUAGUAGCCUUCUCACCAUCAUCAAUGACCUCUUGGAACAACUCGGACAACUGGACACUGUGGACCUGAACAAGCUCAAUGAGAUCGAAGGCACCCUGAACAAAGCCAAAGAUGAGAUGAAGGUCAGUGAUCUCGACAGAAAAGUAACCGAUCUGGAGAAUGAAGCCAAGAAACAGGAGGCUGCCAUUGUGGACUACAACAGAGAUAUUGAGGAAAUCAUGAAAGACAUUCGCAACCUCGAAGAUAUCAAGAGGAGCUUGCCCUCAGGCUGCUUCAACACCCCCUCCAUUGAGAAACCCUAAAGGCUUGUCAGCAGGGCUGUGGGGGGUGGGGAGGGGCUGGCCCUCCCGCAGUGACUGGUGGAGUGAUGGUGAAGCUAUGGAGCUCCUUCACACCCAGACGACCUUCUUCAGACCCCAACUCUCCGCUGCUCUCGGUCACUGUUUUUUAUGAACCAGGAAAAGUUGCAAAGUUCAAAGAGGGGCAAAUUAAACUUCUAUUUUGGGCAUCAAAGGGUUUUCUUUUAAUAAAGUCUCUCUCUUCCACCCAAAAUACCUUACCUUACCUACACUCUCCCUUUUUGAUUUGCACAAUGCCACAAAGUGUCCUGGAUUACAGUACAGUGGUAUAAAUGCAACUUUAAGUGAACCAUUGUAUAACAGGGCACAAGAAGCACAUGCUCUUGCUUCUUUCUUUGCCACCUAAAAGACCCUCCUCAGCCCUAGUCAGAUCUCUUCAUUUUUUUUUUUUUAAUGAAGGAAACAGAGUGGCUACUAAAGUAGCAGUGGAAAGGCCAGGAUAGCCCCACUUCCAGGGAAAGAAAUGAUUCUCUGGGGCCCUGCCCUUGUUCAGCAGACUUGUAAAGGAAAUAAACAUCCCUGUGCCAAAAGUAGUGUCCAGUUAGAACUUUGGUAGCAGUCUGUCAAAUGUUUUACCAUCUGAUCUGAGUGCAAUACACUGAGCCACCUGCUGAUUAAAAGACGCUAUUAUUUAUAAUAUUGUAUAGCAGGCCCCAGGACAGAAAAAGUGGGCUUAAAGUUUUCCUCAAAAGCCACUCGUGGCCUGGAAAAUGAACCAUUUCCCAAAUCUUUGGGUAUUUGGCUAGUUUUCUGGGUUGGCAGCUUGCAAGAUAGGGACCUGUUUUGCAUUUACCAAAAGACUUGCAUCCUUGUAUGUGGAAUUAAUAUAGAGAGAUUUUAUGCAAGAAUGAAAUAACCACUAAGUUUUGGGAUUUUUUGUUUUUAAGAAAAAUAAACAAGUCAAUACUUAGCCAUAUUUGAGGGGGGGGAGGUAUAUAAUAGUCUUGGAGGUAGCAUUAAAUUUUCAGGCAGAAUAAUUGGUCACUAAAUUCUUGGUUUCAAAAAAUCCUUUUCAUUCAUACCACUUACAGAAGAAUAACAUGUUUUGCUCAUUUGGCAUUAUGUCAAGUUCCCUUGUAUUCUGGAGAGAGAUGAAAUACUAAACCCUUUAGUCCUGUCUUCUUCCGGUGUUUCCAUGUCAAAAAUCACACCAGAAUAGGCUAUUUGUGUCUAAACCUUGUGCGUAUCAGUCGCACCCUUAGUAUGUCCCACAGCUGCCACCAUCACCUAGAAGCCUCCACCUCAUAACUAUAACCUAUUGCAAAGUCUCUCUCCUUUAUAUUGAGGGAAGUCAAUUUCCUACUAAGCUUUUUAACUUUUUGUCCUCAACCUAUGAAUUUUCUCCAUAGUUCACAGUACAGUGGCUCUCUUCUUACUACCCCCUCCCCCCCACUCCUUGCCUUGAAGAUUCAUAUAUAGCCUUUAACACUAUGCAACUUUGUACUUUGUGUAGCGGGGAAGAAACUAUUAUCUGACACACUGGUGCUAUUAAUUAUUUCAAAUUUAUAUUUUUGUGUGAAUGUUUUUUGUUUGUUUUGUUUAUCAUAAUUAUAGAUUAAGAAAUUUAUGUAAAUAUACUUGUCCGGUUUCCAGAAUAUCCGUGUCUGUUCUCCUCUUCCCUUCAUAUUUCCUUUUAACCAGCACAACAGUUUGCAUCACGCUUUCUCAUGCCUCUUGCUAUUUCUUCUACUUCUAAUUCCUCUAAAUUAGGUUCUCCCCUCCAUUGCCCUCCCUUGUGCCCAUUGCCUUGUGUUUGCAGUAUUUGUAGUCUAUAGUAUUGAUAGAUAAUUGUUUACCUAAACACAGUCUCUGCAGAUAAGAGCCCUUUAGACAUCCCACCCCCCAGAUACCAUGUCACUCUGCAUGUAACUUCUUUGUGUCUGUUAUGCAAUAGCAGUGCAUAAGGGGUGCAGCUCCCAGCGUCUGCAGCAUCGUCAUGGGUCCAGGUAGAAGUGCAUUUCCUGGAUGUCAUCUCUGUGUGGGUACCUAUGAAAUGUGAGAGCCUGAUUGUUAGAUUUCCAUAAGGCAUCAGGGACAGUGCUAUAGGAGGGUAGAUGGGGAGGAUGCUUAGUCUUUGAAUACGCCUCUCCCCCCGCUAUUCCCUAGGGCAAGCUAGAGUUUACCAAAACUUGUGUGACUUGGCAUUCCUCUGCCCUUUGACACCUUUCCAUCUCCCAGCCUCCUCUUACUACCAUAAAACUCGCUGGUUUGUUUUUUUUUUAUGCCAAGUUUUCACAUCAGUAUUUCUUGACUAGCUUUUGUAGUAAGGUGGUCAUAUCUUAGCACUCAUCUCCUGGUCAAGGCUGCAGGAAGAGACAAAAGAAUCUGCCAGCAUCAGAUCCUCCCUCCCUUCUACCAGGUGCACACCAGCCAGUCUUGGGCCAAGGUCAGGGAUAAUUAGCUUUAUGUUUUUCCUUUCCUCAACUCUGUGGUGGUGUGUGUUUUUUUUUAAACAGAAUUUUACUUUUUUGAAUAAAGAUUCUUUCUAAGAAAGUCCUUCAAUUACAUCCCUGCAUUACAGCCAUUAUUACAUUGUAGAGCUAUCUGUCCUUUAUGUAAUGGCAUUGACAAAGUGGCUGUCAUGGGGAAUGUAUGAACACAGCUAUUUUUUGCCUGGAAUUUGCUCCUUUUUGAUCUUGACUGUGGCCUUUUUUACGUGCCUUCACUUGAGCUGCUCGCCUUAAUCUCUGCAGUCUUGCUGUCUGGGGAGGUGAACAAAAUGCAACACUUGGCGUUUUUUUAUGUAUAAAACAGUAUUUUUAUUUAUAAUAAAGUCUGAAUAUUUGUAACCCCUCA